UUUCAUAGGCAACACCUGGCGUGAGCCUGAGCACCACUGCGUCAUGGGAGCUGCCUACAACACUAACGUCAACCAUCAGAACAGCUUGAAAGAGCAACACCUGUGGGCUCGGUGGCUGUGCCACAAAAAAGUCGACUAAGCCACUUCUUUUCAACAUGCAGAUCCACAUCGGCAAUGGCUAUUUUAUUCCCGCUGGAGAGUGGUCCUUGCUGAAGGAGUUUCGUGCAGAUGGGACCUUUUCGAGAGCAUUGAUGAGGUGCCUCUGGAAACGGGAAGAGCUGUUGAAUCGAAGGGUCACAGGAACCGUGUGCCCGAGGUUCGUGUACCAGAGAGGAAAAACCAAGCCUGGGCUGUCCCCUCAGAAACGCGAUGCUCUGCAAACCGUCCUUGUCGGUAGCUGUUUCUUCGGUGAUCGUCUUCGUGGUGCUGUACUGCCGAUUCACUCUCUUGGACGGCGCUGAAUCACCCACAUGGGGUGAAUCUGCGACUGUGCAGCCGCUUCGAGCUGUGUUGCUGGCAUCGACAAAUUCACCGCUGGAGAUCGCUGCUAUCGCUGCUAGCCCUAUAAACAAGCCGGCAGUCGAUGCCCACUCUUCACUGGCAGCAGCGGCAUCCUCCGAUUGCCAUCUAAGCCUAUCCUCUCUUUU